AUGCCUGUCCACAAUGGUAUUCCAGAUAGUAGCAAAGGACCCAAUACGAUCAAUGUACUCAAUAUUGAUUGUAUCCAAGAUCUAAAACUCAGAGAAAGAGUUGUAGAAAAAUGGGUUACUGAGAUUUCACUAAUCUUACAGACAAACCCAGAGGAAUUUGAGAAAGCAAAAAAUGUUCUUCUACUUUUAGAACACAAAACUGAUGGAAUUGUGCAAAAGUUCCUAAGAAACAAUAAUUGGAAUGAAGAUUUGCAUGGUUCAGAUCUUUUUGAUAAUCUCAUAAAUGUCCUAUACACUACUUUCUUAGGUCUUGAUUAUAUUUCUAAUAAAGACUUUACCAUUAAUAAGAAAGUUGACAGAAGUGAAUAUGCACAAUGGAUAUCUGCUUAUCUCAUGAAAAUUCCAAUUAUUGGAGAAAUCUGUACUGAAAGAUGGAAAAAAGAAGCUACUGGAGAAAUCCAGCAAACCAGUCUUUCUUAUGCAACAAAAAUUGCAAAGGAAGAAAUUGAUAGAAUCUGUCAAGACAGAUAUAAACAACAAAAGCUCAAAACAAUAAGUAAAGGUUGUUGUAGCAUUCUCUCUGAUUUCAAAAACUUUGAUAUUGGAAGGAAAACUUAUACUAAGAAAAAGUAUAAAAACAAAAAGAAAUACAAAUCUUUCUGGAAGAAGAAAAGAAGAAAAUUUUCACCAGGAAAAUACUUCAAAAAACCUUCAAAAGAAUCGCCUAAGAAUACUACUUCCUGUCCACAAGGAAAGAAAAAAUGUAGAUGUUGGAUCUGCAAUGAAGAAGGACACUAUGCCAAUGAAUGUCCAAAUAGAAAAAAAUACCCUGACAAAGUCAAGGUUUUACAAACCGCUAAUAAUGGAGGAUAUGAAGCUCUUGAAGAAGAGUAUGAAGGUAUACAACAUGUCUUUACAUUUCAUGUUGAAACUGAUUCUUCAUCAAAUUCUGAUGAAAACAAAUCAACCACGGAUGACUCAGACUAG